AUGGGAGUGGAAGAGAAGAAACGACAGCAACAGUCGUUAAAGGGAGUCUGCAAGGGGGGCCCCCCGGGGGCCCCUUCUUUGCUGCGCAGCAGCAACGAAACUAGCAGCAGAAGCAGCAGCAGCAGCAGACGCAGCAGCAGCAGCAGCAGCAACAGAGCCAGAAGCAGAUGGGAUGCACCAGCACUCGCACCGGCAUUACCCGCAGCAACAGCAGCAACAGCAGCAGCAGCAACAACACCAACAGCAGCAGCAGCAACAACAACACCAACAGCAGCAGCAGCAGCAGCAGCAGCAGCACUGCUGCCAGUUACUUGUGUCUCUUUGGAAGGCCUCUCCGAUUCCAUGCACAAAGAUGUCUUGGUGUACGUACACCGAGUGCUGCUUGCUGCUGCUGCUGCAGCGCAGCAGCAGCUGGGCUUAAAAGGAGUUGAGGGGGGCCCCCUCUUAUUUUCUCGUUGGAGACAGCUUCAUGAGGGGCCCCCCCAAGACCAGGUAGCCCAUAGCAGGAAGAGCUGCGCUGUUGCAGCCCCUGCUGCUGCUGCUGCUGUUACUGCAGCAGCAAAACUCCUGAGGGAUAUUCGUGCUGCGGUGUCUGCACAGUCGACUGCCGCUACUGCUGCUGAGCAGGGAGACAUUCAAAGGAGCCCAAGCCCCGCUGCAGCUGCUGCAUCAGCUGCUGCUGCUGCUGUUGAUGGCGGCGACGCUGCUGCUGAAAGGAGACAACGGAACAGCUCUGUGCUGCUGCAGCAAAUAUGUGCUGCGCUGCUGCUGCUGGGAGCCGAACGCCUCUCAAAGCCGCAGCUGCCAUACCACGUUACCCCAGCUCCUGUUGCUGCUGCUGCUGCUGCUGCUGCUGCUGUUGCUGCUGGUUUUCCCGUCAUAGGGGUGGAGGAGCUGCUGCAGCAAGCAGGAAGGACGGGGCUACCUUGGCUACGCGACAGCAGCAGCAGCAGCAGCAGCAGGGCCGUGCUGGUGGGCUGUCUGCUGCUGGUCCCCAACGAAGGCGGCGGUUUGUUGCUGUUUGCUGAUGCUGCUGCCCUCACUGGCUAUUCUACAGCAACCCAGCAGCAGCAGCAGCAGCAGCGGCAGCGGAGACAGCGUGUCCCUGUUGCAGUUGCAUGCACUGUGUGGGGUUCCUUCAGCAGCAGCGCUUUCUUGUCUCUCCAAUUGGUUAGAGAGAGGGGCCCCCAAGCCUCUGUGGGGCCCGGGGCCCCCAGCAGCAGCAGCAGCAGGGGCCCCAGCGGCAGUACUAUUUGUGGGCGUUUAAUCUCAGCAGGGGCCCCUGGGGGCCCCUGUCUCCUCGCCUUUAGGCAGUGGAGAUUAUUGCCAGCAGCAGAUUGCUGCAGCAAGACCAGGGGGGCCCCCAAGAAGCCCAGGUCCAGCAGGGGCCCCCAAAAGCUGUUGCUGCAGCAGGGAGCUGCUGCAGCAGCUGCCACACCAACCGGUUUAAGAGCAGAAGGUGAAAUGCCUCCUGCUGCUGUCGGCCCAGGCAGGGGACCCCUAGGGGCUCAGCAGCAGCUGUUGGGGCACCCAGAGGCUGUGGGGCCCCCAAUGGUGGAGGGGCCCCCUGGGUUUGAACGCUGGGGGGACAGACAAGGAGAGACAGAAAGAGAUAGAGACAAAAAGGAGACAGUGAGAUUGCACGUCGCUCCCGGGUGUCUGGGCUUGGUUGCUGCUUCCGCUGUCCUACUGCCGCUGCAGCAGCAACAACUUGCUGCUGCCCCACCGCUGCAGCAAACCCCUGAGGCACCUGCAGCAGCAGCAACAACAACAGCAACACCAAUUCCACUCGCGAGCUGCGAACCAAUAACAUCUGCUGCUUCUGCUGCUGAUGCUGCUGAUACAGCCCAUGGGAGUCCAGCAGCAGCACGAACAUCGCGAGCAACACAACAAGCAGCAGCGGCAGCACCGUUAGCUUCUGCAGCAGCAGCAGCAACGGCAGCAGCUUGCCGCGCGGAGGCCUCAAGCCCCCAACUGCAGCACGCGCCCAUAAUGAGGGGCCCCUCAGUGGGGCCCCACAGCAUCACUGAAGUGGAGGCCCCUCACCUGGGUGGGGCCCCACAAGGGGGGCCCCCAGCAACAGAAGAGCAAAGGGGGGCCCCCUAUUGGGUUUCCUUGCAGCCAUCUGCUCGCUGUUUGACUCCAACUGAUGGAGAGGAAGCAGCAACACAGCCACUAGCAGCACCGGUAGCAGAUGCAGCAGAAGCAGCAGCCUCGGGAGAAGCAGCAGCAGCAGCAGCAGCAGCAGUGGAAGCAGCAACAAGUGCGCAUCCAAACACGUACAGCGCUGCACAGCAGCAACAGCAGCAGCAGAAUUUUGUCUGCGCUGCAGCAGGCUGUAGGGGCCCCGAAGGUGCUGAGGGGCCCCCUGUAUUUGCUGGCAGGAGACGGUUUGCGGUGUACGGCCUCGUGGUGUCUGUCUCCCCCAUUUUAUGUUCGUCAAAGGGGACAGGUGCUGCUGAAGCUCUCUGUGUGGCUCGCCUCGCGGGGCCCCUCUUUC